AUGUUAGGGUUGUUAGGGGUGGUAUAUGUGAAGGAGGGGAAAAGGAUAAUCGUAGAAACGUGCACACUAGAAACAAUUACUGAGAAGUUAACUUUACAAAAUGGGUUCUAUACAAAUUUCGAGAGCGAUGGAGGAGGGGGUCACAGGGGCGGGGUUAGUGGUACAAAUUUGACGUCCCAAUUAACUAGCUCCUGUUCGAACUGUUCAAAAAUUAUUGACGAUGCUGCAAAAAUCGAAAACGCCCACUUAUACGCAUGUAUGCAGACUAAAGAUAAGAGUUCCACAGGUGAUAGUGCUCCUUGCCGCUUUUUUUAUUAUUGGUUCGGACACAAAUACUGGAACGACUUAAAUGGUAAUGCGCUAUCAACAAUUUUGGAUAAAAUUUACGAAGCGCUGAAAACAUCUUCCUGCACUGAUGGGAAGAAGUGUGAUUUUAAAUACAAAGAUCUUGAGAACCAAACUAUUUUUGAUCAUAUGAAAAUCAUAUUCGAUUAUUUCAACGAUUAUGAAGGGGUACAGAGUUUACUAAGUACGCAUGGUACCACCUGUGCGGAAAAAUGGUCAACCUAUUGGGAAACACUUUCUUCAGCAUGUAAUAAAGUGAAACAACAUUGUGCAUCAGAGUCUGAUCAUAACAGUAAGCAAUAUUGUACCGACUUCAAUAGUACCUAUGCUGUACAUUGUGAUACAGCUAAGCUCCCCCAAAAGAUGGCGGAACUAAUAACAAAUAUCCAACGUGAAGCACAAGCAGCGCAAAUAGCAGCCACUAAAGAAAAAGAAGAAGCUGUAAGUAAAGCCACCACCACUUCCUCCCUUUCUUCUAUAUUUGGCACACUCGGAAUGACAGUCGCUCCUUUCGUAUUGUAUAAGUAUAAGCCAUGGUCUUCUUGGUUUGGUAACCACACUUCUGGAAAUGGAAGGAGCAGAAGAACUAAUAGAAGAAGAUCCACCAGGAAUGAAUUCGACACAUUAGCGGAAGUUUCAACAGUGGAUUUUACAGCAAGUUCGGAAGCAAAUUCCACAAUAGACAAUUCUACUACCGUUCGUCCUACCGCCUACAUAGGACAACGCACGAAGGGAAGAACAAAUAAUAAUGCGGGGGGUCGCGGGAUGGUAGGUUAUCAAAACAUGUAA